ACAACGCAUGCGCAGUGGCGGAAGUGACUCAAAUCAGCAGCGGGAGAGAAAGGGAGAAAAAUAAGUGAGUUUAGUUCCUGAAUCCUAGCGUUGUUCGUUCUGUUUAUUCUCAUCUGGUGAUGUUUCUAAAUGGGUCGUGUCCACGCUGAGUGGGACCACAGCUGUUCAACGACACGUUAGCUAGUUUGUUAGCUAAGUUAGUUAUGUUAGCUUCUCGGCGACAGUGGACAGGUUCUAUGUAUCGUGUCUGUCCUCCACCGUGUCCCGGGUCUGUCCUCCACAGUGUCCCUGGUCUGUCCCGGGGCUGAGCCGUGAAGGCGGAGCGCCACAUGGAGUCGGCUCUCAGGAACCUGUCGAGCUCGGUGGAGCUGCUGGCGGUGGCGGCGCACAGCGGAGCGGUGGACCAGUGGGAUGACCACAGCCUGUCCACAGCGUUUGACUGGGCCCGGUACUGCGAACACCUCUUCUCCAGGUUUCACACCAACCCCGCGGUCAGAGGAGCCAUGGAGGAGCAGCUGCAGCUCACCAAUGGCCGUCUGAGAGCUGCUUUCCCCGGAUCCAGCGAGGUGUCCUUCCGCGACCUGUCCCGGUGCCAGCACCUCCUGCUCAUCGGGCUGCUGAACAACCCCAAGCUGCCCGUCUCCAUCCUGAAGCUGCUCUUUGACAGUAACGCUCCUGCAGACAGCGGCUGUGUGGAUGUGUCCGGCCUCUGCAGCCGCAUCAUUCAGUGCAAGUCUGCGUGUAAAGUCCUGAGUCCUCUCACUCCCCCCUCAGCUGUGGGUGCUGAUGCUGAGGUGCAGGGGGGGCUGCUGAUGGAGAGGCUGGGGGCUCUGAUCCAACAUGGCAGGGCAGAGCACUUUUUAGACUCUGUCGCCCUGGGAUGUGAAGGAGCAGCAGCAGAACACUUCUGUCUGGUUGUCGCUGCAGCUCUGCUGACAAACUCAGAACCUGCCUCACAGGAAGUUCUCCUGGACUGGCUACUGAAGAAACAACCCAGCACACUCGAGCGCACGUGUUCUGCUCUGCCCACCGCACUUCUUAUGGACCUGGUCAAAGAACACCUGACAUUUAGAGACGCCUACUGUGAGAUGCUGAAAAAGUGGGCCUCUGAAAUGGAGUACAGCAUAAGUGAUGGGGAAUGGGUUCAGAGCAGGACAAACCCCCCAGCGUCCUUUCAGAAACUGACCGAGCACUUUCAGGCCUUGUUUGAGACGUGUCCCUCUCUGAGGGGCGAUGUAGAGAAAGAGUUAAAUGCUUUAAAGAUUUCUGAUGGAGACUUUGAGGUCAGAGGUCUGAGUGUGUGGGGAGACGUCCUGUCGGAGUUACACAAGUGACUGUUAGACGUGGGGGUUUUAAGAACUGUAAAAGAUGCUCAAAUGCAGUUAAAUGUUUACAUCUAUUUAUAUCCUGAUGCUUGGUAUUAAACUCAGUGCGUUGAAAAAAAAAAACUGAUUUAUUGAACGCUGACCUUAAA